AGCGGCCAUGGCGACGGGGGAUGGAGGCGAGCAGGAGCCGUCGAGGCGGAGGGAGGCCGGGCCGCAGCCCGGGCCCAGCAGCGACCAGGGACAGCGGGAAAAGAAGAGGACAAAAGUGGAAAAAAGGGGCCCGUACAUCAUGAGCAAAACGCCUUCUCUCCAAGACAAACUGCAGAAACAUCGCGAGAUGGCGAAGGCGAUGCUGCGGAGGAAGGGGGUGCUUUCGGGAGCCGUCCGGCACCAGCCCAAGCCAGCGGCCAAGAGGUCAGUGAAGUUCAACAAGGGCUACGCUGCUCUCAGCCAGACCUCAGAUGAAACCCUGGUCUCCCUGGAUUCAGACAGUGACGGGGAGUUGGAAUCAAGAUGUUCCUCUGGUUACUCCUCUGCUGAGGUCAACCAGGAUCUCAGCCGCCAGCUGCUGCAGGACGGGUACCACCUCGACGAAAUCCCAGACGACGAGGAUCUCGACCUCAUCCCUCCCAAGCCCGUUUCGUCUUCGCCUUGUUCCUGUUGCUUUGGGGAGUCUGCCUCCUGCUCCAUCCAGUGAGAGGUGGCCCUGCACAGGCCAAGAAAACCUGCACUUUUUUCUUGCUUUUGGACACGGGGGUGGGGGAGCAGCCAGGUCCAACACCGAACCGUGGGUUGGACUAAUGGGGCCCUUGAGGAGGAAGGCCUCUUUGGCGACUGGACGGACGGCACAUACCAUGGCACUGUUUUUGGCACUUGCUCGGGGCGCCGGGCGUCUUCUCAAAACUGUUUUCUGUGGUGCAAUAUAGAACUACGUUAGGCGCAGAUGCUUAGGAGGCUGGCGGCUGGCAAGGGAACCUGGCCCUGAAGGGUUGCCUUUGGGGCAGGAUGCUGCACAGCGGAGGAGAGAGAAAAUCAGAAUCGGGAGUCUGCAUCCUUAAAAGGCAAGCCGCCAAGCUCUUUUCUUAAUGGUAAAAGUGAAUGAAGGCAGUUCAGACUCUAGUUUAUGAAACCUUGAGAUUGCAAAAAACAAACACUACAUAAAGUCAGAGUUAGGAGAAUUUCCUAAUGUGCUCGGGAUCCUUCACUGAAAUUCAGUACUCGGACCACCUUAGCUUCAGAUGUGGAAACCCUUAGUGAGCCCUUCCUAGGAGGGAGGAAAUUGAGCCACUGCGUUCACGGGCUCGGCUGUGUCUCUUUGACUCCACCUGGCCACCUGACGGCUUCAGCAUCCGAAAGCCAUUGCUCUCGCGCCCUUCCGUUCCCUCGAGGGAUUUCCCCAGCAGUCUGAGCAGCUGGGCGGUCUCCAGUUGGCCCAGAGCUGUCGGGUUCUGGCCUCGAGAAAGAGACCUGUUGAAACUGGGGGG